AUGAAACCAGCAAUCGGAGAUGGAAAACGGAUUGCACAAGAUUAUCUUGAACAACAUCGUGAUCAAUCGAUCAAGUCAAUACUCGAUCAGCUUUUGGCACUUCCUCGAGUUCAAACUCCUCCUUCACCUCCACCACUACCACUUCAAACAAUCAUACCGACAACCUCUAUUUCCACCAGUUCGUCUAUCAACGAUGAUGAAUUGGAAGCACGAAAGCAUUUGGAACAAGGCGAAAUCGAUUUGGCUUUAGCUGCCUAUCGACGUAUUCAUCCUACGGGUGAAGAUUUUUGUGACACAUUAGCUGAUUUGGGCAAUAUUCAUCAUUGUCGUGGUCAAUAUGAUUUAGCUUUGGUUUAUCAUCGGCGUGCUCUUACUCUUCGUGAACGUGUUCAUCCAAAUGAUGUCGCUGCUCAAGUAGCCAGUUUACUUGCAAUUGGCAAUGCUCAUUGGGCUCGUCGAGAAUUCGAUAAAGCUAUUGAAAUGACACAACGUGCUUUGUCUUUGCAAGAGACUCUGCAACUAGUCAACGAGGUUCCUGUCGGUACCAUUUUAGCCACACUCGGCAACAUUUAUCAAGAUUCUGGAAAACAUCACCAAGCUCUCGAGAUGUGUACGCGAGCAUUAGCUAUUUUCGAAAGAAAUCUCCCAGCCUAUUCACAGGUUAUAGCUGAAUUAUUAGAAGAAAUGGGCGCCAUUCAAUUGGAUCUACGUACACUAGAUGAUGCUAAGCAAAGUUUUGAACGCGUUGUCGACAUUUACACGAAAGUCCUACCACAAAGACAUCCCAAUCGAGUGUCAGCGGAAAUCGAUCUUGAACGUGUUAUUCGGCUGAUCCAGAAGAAAAAAAGCAAAUUAAAAAAACACACCUGA